AUGGCUUCUUCACUCUCUCGCGUCGUUGGCCGCGUGCCAAUGACGCUAGGUCGUCAUCAAUCGCUAUUCAAAGCUUCGGCAUCGUGCUCGCGGCAUAUGAGCAGCACCCCCUCUAGACGAGCUGCCGAACCUCAACCCUACCAAGCAACCAGACUCAUUCCGACAGAUCCCUCGUUCGCUCAUCUUGCGAACAAGGCAGGCCCUCAACCUCCCGAUGAAGCCUCUGCCCUCGAGUCCACGUCUGACACAGGCAAUCGCAAGAUCCGACACUAUACCGUCAACUUUGGCCCACAACAUCCGGCUGCGCACGGUGUGUUGCGUUUGAUUCUCGAGCUCAACGGUGAAGAGAUUGUUCGCGCCGACCCUCACGUCGGUCUUUUGCAUCGUGGAACAGAGAAAUUGAUCGAAUACAAGACAUACAUGCAAGCCCUACCAUACUUUGACCGUUUAGAUUACGUUUCUAUGAUGACCAACGAGCAAUGUUACUCGUUGGCCGUUGAGAAACUGCUCAACAUUGAAAUCCCCGAACGUGCCAAAUGGAUCCGAACAAUGUUUGGAGAGAUCACUCGUAUCUUGAACCAUCUCAUGUCUGUGCUAUCCCACGCUAUGGAUGUUGGAGCUCUUACACCUUUCUUGUGGGGUUUCGAAGAACGUGAGAAGCUCAUGGAAUUUUAUGAACGUGUCUCCGGUGCUCGGUUGCACGCCGCCUAUGUUCGCCCUGGUGGUGUUUCCCAGGAUCUUCCCCUCGGCUUGCUCGACGAUAUUUACCAAUGGGCAACUCAAUUUGGUGACCGCAUCGAUGAAACCGAGGAACUUUUAACUGACAACCGUAUCUGGAAGGCCAGAACACAAGGUGUUGGUGUUGUCAGCGCCGCAGAUGCUCUCAACAUGAGCUUCACUGGUGUCAUGCUUCGUGGUUCCGGUGUACCCUGGGAUGUCCGCAAGUCGCAACCAUACGAUGCCUACGACCAGGUCGAGUUCGAUGUCCCCGUUGGUAUGAACGGUGACUGCUACGACAGAUAUCUCUGCCGUAUGGAGGAGUUCCGUCAAUCCCUCCGUAUCAUUCACCAGUGCUUGAACAAGAUGCCCGCUGGCCCAGUCAAAGUUGAGGAUUACAAGAUUAGCCCUCCUCCUCGUGCCGCCAUGAAGGAAAAUAUGGAGGCUUUGAUCCACCACUUUUUGCUCUUUACUAAGGGUUACACCGUUCCUCCCGGUGAGACAUACUCUGCCAUCGAGGCCCCCAAGGGUGAGAUGGGUGUCUUUAUUGUCAGUGAUGGUAGCGAACGCCCAUACCGCUGCAAGAUUCGCUCCCCUGGAUUUGCCCAUCUCGGUGGUUUCGACCAGGUCUCCCGCGGUCACUUGCUCGCUGACGCCGUUGCCAUUAUUGGCACCAUGGAUUUGGUGUUUGGUGAAGUCGACCGAUAGACCUUGUUUUUCCCAUCAUGUUACAAUAAAACAACCUCGAAACACCAUCAAAGAGCGAAAGAAUUUCUACAGCUGCCCUAAAAAAGUAGCAUUGUACUACUGGCGUUUAUAAUUCAUCGAUGGGUCUGUUCAUCAUCAAAUCGUCCCAGGAUUUGACAUGCUUUACUUUUGAAUUUAUCUUGUUCCCGUGAACCUCGAUUUCCUUUGUGACGGCUAGUCCUCUUUCCUAUUUGUAUGUACAGUUAUAUUAUCAAUAGAAAGAUAUGGAUGGCCAAUCAAUCGUAGCAUUAAGAAUAUAUUUGCUCGUAUCGUUUCAUAAGGUCUAUAUCAUCACAAAUCAUUAUACCCAAUAGUUCCCGUAACAAUAAAAUCCCAGUUAUCAAACAUUAUCGUCGUGAUAGUAGAAGUUAACAUCCCUCGGCCUUCGCUUGUUCCCCUUAACAAAAUCGGUAUCGUCGGGCGGGCGUUCGUUCUUGGUGUUUGCGGUCAACAUGCUCUGUAAACUCAUGCAGACGCUUUCGACAGUCUGAACAGGUGACCAUCCCGCUGAUGAGAGCAGGUCCAGGCAGAUGAAGCCAUUGGAGUAGAUGUGUGGGUGAAUCGGAAUGAGCCGCGGAGUUUCUGGCGCUGACACGUUGACAAAGACGACUUCGGGUGGUUC